AUGCAAUCCUUUUGGGCCAACGCGAAGGAUGUGGCGCGUACGGUGUCUGGGCAGCUCGAUCAGACGUUCGAGGCAGCGCUAACAGGCAGCAGCAGCAGCAGCAGCAGCAGCAGCCGAAGCAAACCAGGGAGAAGCAACAGCACCGGGGGGCAUGAUAGCAGCAGCAGCAGCAAUGGAGAUAGCAGCAAUGGCAGCAACUGGAGAGCAGCAGAUGCUUUGCUGCAGCACGGGCAGUCUUCUGCUGCUGCUGCUAUUGAAGGGAUAAACCGCCUGUGGGGCAGAGCAGCAGCAGCAGCAGCAGCAGCAGCGCCAGCUGCUCUCUCUCCCCUCUCAGCUGCAGCAGCAAAUCACAACCCUCUCUCUACUUCCCCGUGGAAGCAGCAGCAGCAGAAGCAGCAGCAGCAGCAACAGCAGCAGCAGCAGCAGCAAGAAGAGGAAGAUGAGGAAGACACAGAUGAUGGCGAAUUAUCUCUGCAAUCUUUCCUGCAGUCGCAGAAGCAGCGGCAGCAAAUGCUGCAGCAGCUGCAGCAGCAACUGCAGCAGGAAGAUAGUCCGCUGCAGCAACAGAAGCAGCGCAGGCAAUCCGCUGCAGCUGCAGUACCAGCAACAGCAGCAGCAACAGCAGCAGAUGAACGGGCCUCUCGGGCAGCAAGCCCUCUACCGGUAGUGCCACAGCAGCAGCAGCAGCAGCAGCAGCAGCAGCGGCAGCGGUCUUGGGACCCACUUGGUGCUUCUGUUGUAAAUCAGCAACAGAAGAGCAGCACUAAAGCGCAGCAUGCCAACGCAGCAGCAGCAGCAGCAACACCAGCAGCAGCAGCAGCAGCAGGUGAGCUGGAUGGCAAGAGGGGGACUCAGCAGCGGCGGCAGCAGCAGGGAAGUAACUUAGCAGCAGCAAAGGACGGCGCAGCAGCAGCAACUGCAGCAGACACAGCAGCAAGGGCAACACGAGGCGCAGCAGCAGCGGGAGUAGCAGCGGAAGAGGUAGCAGCAGCAGAAGUUGGUGCAGCAGAUACAGACACCCCAGCAGCAGAUGCAGCAGCAACAGAUGCAGCAGCAGCAGGAGGAGCAGCAGCAGCAGCAGAGAACCGGUCCCCCACUAUUGUUUUAUUGACAGAUACAACGCCGUCCCCAGCAGCAGCAGCAGAAGCAAAGCCAGCAGCAGUAGCAGCAGCAGCAGAUGCAGAAGCUGCUUCCCCAGCAGCUGCCUCCUCUCCAGCAGCAGCAGCAGCGACAACACCCCUUGAAGAAGUUACUGCUGCUUCCUCACCAGCCAGCAGCAGCAGCAGCAGCAACAGUAGUAGCAGCAGCAGCAGCGGCAGGGAGGAACAGCCAGCAGCUCUUUCUCUUGCAGGAGUGUCUCCGCUAGCAGCAGAUGCAGCAGCAGAUGCUGCAGUUGCUGCAACAGCAGAAGCGGCAGCAGCAACAACUGCUGCUGCUGCUGCUGCGCUGGACACUGCAGCAGCAGCAGUAACAGAAGCAACUGCAACAGCAGCGGAAGCAACAGCAGCAGCAGCGGGAGCAACAGGUGGAGAGGCAGAAACAACAACAGCAGCAGCAGAAGCAACAGCAGCAGCAGAGGCAGCAGCAGCAGUAGCAGCAGCAGCAAGCGCAGUGGAGGCCCUCUGUGAGUCUAAGGAAUCUUGUGUUGCUGCUGCUGCUGCAGAGGAGGAUUUGCUGCUGGAGGUGUGCAGCUUGCCACAGAAGCAGCAGCAGCAGCAGCAGAAGCAGCAGCAGCAGCAGCAGCAGCAUUGUUUAGAAGACCUUAUGGAUUUUGCUCCGUCGCCCACGGCAGCUGCAGCAGAAGCAGCAGAAGCAGCAGCAACACAAGAGAAAACUGCAGCAGCGGCAGCAGACGUACACUCACCAGCAGCAGCAACAGAAGUAGCAGCAGCAGAAGUAGCAGUACCUGCAGCAGCGACUGCUUCUGCUGCAGCAGCAGCAGCAGAAGCAACUGCAGCAGAAAUAGAGGAUGACAUUGUUGCAGCAGCAGACACAUGGCAGCCGACUUGCGAAGCAGCAGAAGCAGCAGCAACAGUAGCAGAAACAGCAGCAGAAGCAGCAGCAGCAGCAGCAGCAGAAAUCACAACUGCAGCAAGACAUGUCGAUCCUCUUGCUAAAGAACCUCAGAAGGAGCAGCAGCAACAGCAGCAGCAGCAGCAGCAAACACUGCUAGAGGAGUUUGCUGCACCGCAGCAGCCGCAGGCUGUCUCUCCACCCCCUCCUCCUCCACCCAGCCCUCCCCCAGCAGCAGCAGCAGCAGCAGCAGCAGCAGAUGGUGACAAGACAAGGCGGAAGCAGCAGAGAAUUGAUGCCGAUGACACCGAAGCUCGUUUGCUGCAGCAGCUGCAGCAGCAGCAGGAAAAGUUGCUGGAGCAGCAGGACCAGCUAGAGCUGCAGCAGCAGAUGUUGCAGCAGCAGCAACAACUGCUGCAGCAGAGGGAGCAGCAGCUGCAGCACAAAUCAGAGCAGCUGUCUAUACUCCUUGAUCCUCAACGAAGCCCUGAUGAAGAACUGCAGCAGCUCAGACACCAGCUGCAGGAUCAGCAGCAGCAGAAUCAGGAUUUGCUGAGCACCAUUGAGCUGCUGAAUGCAUCGCUGCGGGAGCAGCAGCAGCAGAUAGAGCAGCAGCAGCAAGAGCAGCAGCUGCUGCAGCAGGAGUAUGGUGAGCUGCAGCAGGAAGGACAAGCACUAUCUACUCGUCUUGGUGCUGCUGAUGCUACUAUUAAGAAACUAAGGACACAGUGUGAUGGUUAUAAGUCAUUAAAGGCAGCACAUGAACAAUUAACGACAGAGGCAGCAGCAAAAGACAGAGUUGUUGCAGACCUUGAAGCUAAGCUGCAGCGGCUUGCUGAUGCUGCUGCAGAGGCAGAGGCAAGCCGUUCGAGUGCUGCAGCAGCAGCAGCAGCAGCAAAAGCGGAGAUAGCGAAACUGGAGAUGGCUGCAGCAACAAAGGAGACAGAGACGGUGGAGCGACUGAAGGCAAUCAACAGCCAGCUAACUCACCAACUUGCUGACGCCAAGGCGAUCUCUGCAAGACUGGAGAAGCAGCACUACGAGCAGCAGCAGCAGCAGCAGCAACAGCUGCAGCAGCUGCAGUGCGAGAACGAUGAGUUACAUGCAAUGCUGGCUGGAGCCUCCAAACCCUCACUAGAGAAGAUAGCAACAGCAGAAAAGGACGCAGCUGCUGCGCGGCAGCAGCUGCAUUUGCUGCAGCAGCAGCUGCAGCAGCAGCAAAAGGAGUACGCAGCGCAGCGCGAAGAGUUGAAUAGACAACUGCAGCAGCAGAGAGAAGCCUUGGAGAAGCAGCAGCAGCAGCAGCAGCAACCAUCACAGCUGCAGCACCAACACGCAGCACAACUCAAGGCUCUAAGGCAGCAGCUUAAUUAUGCACAGGAGGAAGCAGCAGCAGCUCUAAGGCAGCGGGAUGCCGAGGCUGUGAAGUAUACAGUGUGUGUGCUGCAGAUUGAGACGCUGCAGCAGCAGCAACAGCAGCUGCAGCAGAAGGCAGAGGAGCAGCAGAGUCUGCUGCGGCAGGUGCAGCAGGAGAAGGACCAGCUAGAGAAGCAGCUCAAGGAAUAUAAAGAGCGAGAGCAGCAAAAGGAAAACGAGCAGCAGCAACCGGAACAGCAGCAGCAGCAGCAGCAGCAACUAGCAGCAACAGAUAUACCUGAACCGGAGCAGCAGCCACGGAAGAGUGACAGCUUCUCUGGUCGCGGCGUUCUUUCGCGAUAUCGUGCGGAGGCAUUUCAACUUGCUGCUGGAGCAAGAGAGAGAGAGCAGCAACUGCUGCUGCUGGAGAGCGAGCUACGAUUCGCAAAACAAGAAAAAGAAUUAUUUUCUGCAGAGUGUUUAUCUUUAACAUCUGUUGUUGAAGACCUUAAGCGUAAAAUCCAUCAACUGGAGGAGCAGCAGAAGCAAACACAAAAUGCGCAGGCCGAGGCUGCUGCUGAGCUAACAGAGAUGGAGGAAUUGCUGCAGGAGGCAGCAGAAGAAACAAAACAAUUAAAAGAAGAAAAAGAAUUAUUAAUAAAAAGAAUUAAUGAAUUAGAAGAAGGGUUUAAGGCUAAACCCUAA